AUGAGUGCCUCGCUACCAGCACCACAAGGUGCCAUGGCUCCUCAGCAAACCCAAGACCAUAUCGGUCAAAACAACACGGCGCCCGAGCAAUCAUCUCUCCUCGACGCCCAGCUUGAGAUUGAGGAACUGGAUGCAGAAAAUCAAUUUCUGCGAGAGGAUCUGGCCCAAAGGAACAGGAUGGUGGUGGCUCUCAACGAAGAGAUCAUGCGCCAGGACACUGCCAUCAUCGAUCUCAAAAAGAAAGUCAAGGGGAAGGACGCCAUGACCCAGAGGAGAAACAAGAUCAUGGACGAACUUCGUGAAGACAUCCUCACGGAAAGAGACAAAAUCAAGGACCUUGAGCGCAAGGGCAGAAAGGAAGAGGACCACGUUGCUGCUCUCAAAUUUGUGGAAUAG